AUUUGGGUGCAUAUUUAAACUCCUCUUUUUAUAUAAUAUAGACAUAUAUUGCACAAUUAUUGCGAAUAUAUAUCUGCACUAAUAGUACAAAUGCAUGAAAUAAGUGCACAGACGAAAUAAAUGCAGAAAUAGGUGCGGACGCUGCUGGAGUCCGGUGUUGUGUCGGAGUCUGUUCCUCCUGCCUCGGACAGAACCAGAACCCGAACCCGUCCCCUCACCGAACCUCAACCGUCUUCUGUGUUUCUCAACGUGAACCCGACAUUAGCCCGUUACCCCAGCCGGUCGUCCCGACGGCGACCAACCAUAGUCUAAACAGGCACCGUGUUAAAGCUCAGCCAGCCGCCGGAGAGCACGGGAAACAACCGUCGGAGCAGGAACAUAAACUUCCACAUGAGACCGUCCGUCCCGUCCGCAGCUCAGCCGUUAAGGUCUCUGCUGGGUCGGAUCGUUGCUAACAUGCUAGCGGCUCUGUGUCGGCUAGCUAACAGAGCUGGGAACCCGACCUCCUCAAGAUGAUCCAACUGAAGCAGCAGCAGCAUAUCAGUAAACGACUUUUCUAUCAAAGCAAAGUGGACAGAUCAUAGCUAACAAUAGAGUUAACCGGCAGUUACCGGGGCCAGGUAGCUCUGACAGCCCCCCCCUCUCCCGCCCCCCGGCGCUCUGACACCGGCUAAUGUCACACAGGUUCAGGGUCCCAUGACGGUGGACACACAACCGCAGGGUGGUGGUAAAGUAGCAGAACAAGGGGUCCCUGCAGUUUGAGGACAAGUGGGAUCUGAUGCGACCCAUCGUUCUCAAGCUGCUCAGACAGGAAUCCGUCACCAAGCAACAGUGGUUCGACUUGUUCUCAGACGUCCAUGCUGUGUGUCUUUGGGAUGAUAAGGGACCAGCAAAAAUCCACCAAGCACUCAAAGAGGACAUCCUAGACUUCAUCAAACAAGCACAGGCUCGGGUACUUAGCCACCAGGACGACACGGCACUGCUAAAGGCUUAUAUCGUAGAGUGGAGGAAGUUCUUCACCCAGUGCGACAUCCUGCCUAAACCUUUCUGUCAGCUGGAGAUCACACUGAUGGGCAAACAGGGCAGUAACAAGAAAACAAACAUGGAGGACAGCAUCGUACGCAAGCUAAUGCUGGACACGUGGAACGAGUCGAUCUUCUCCAACAUUAAAAGCCGUCUGCAGGACAGCGCCAUGAAGCUGGUGCACGCCGAGAGACUGGGGGAGGCCUUCGACUCCCAGCUUGUUAUUGGAGUACGAGAGUCAUACGUGAACCUGUGCUCGAACCCAGAGGACAAGCUGCAGAUCUACCGGGAUAACUUUGAGAAAGCCUACCUGGACUCCACAGAGAGGUUUUACCGAACUCAGGCACCGUCCUACUUGCAACAGAAUGGCGUCCAGAACUACAUGAAAUAUGCAGACGCAAAGCUGAGAGAAGAGGAGAAGAGAGCGAUUCGAUAUCUAGAGACGCGACGUGAAUGUAACUCUGUUCAAGCACUUAUGGAGUGUUGUGUGAAUGCUCUGGUGACUCUGUUCAAAGAGACCAUCCUCGCUGAAUGUCCAGGGAUGAUCAAACGCAACGAGACAGACAAGUUGCACCUGAUGUUUUCAUUAAUGGACAAGGUUCCCAAUGGGAUUGAGCCCAUGCUGAAAGACCUGGAAGAACAUAUCAUCAGUGCCGGACUGGCGGACAUGGUGGCUGCUGCAGAGACUAUCACUACUGACUCUGAGAAGUACGUGGAGCAGCUGUUGACUUUGUUUAACCGCUUCAGUAAACUAGUAAAGGAGGCCUUCCAGGACGACCCUCGCUUCCUCACCGCCAGAGAUAAGGCGUACAAGGCCGUCGUCAAUGAUGCCACAAUCUUCAAACUGGAGCUGCCUAUGAAACAGAAAGGUGUGGGCAUGAAGACUCAGCCGGAGUCAAAGUGUCCUGAGCUGCUGGCGAACUACUGUGACAUGCUGCUGAGGAAGACUCCUCUCAGCAAGAAACUAACCUCAGAGGAAAUCGAGCUCAAACUCAAAGAAGUGCUCUUGGUGUUGAAGUACGUCCAGAACAAAGAUGUGUUCAUGCGAUAUCACAAAGCUCACCUGACCAGACGUCUGAUUCUGGACAUUUCAGCAGACAGUGAGAUUGAGGAGAACAUGGUGGAGUGGCUGAGAGAAGUAGGAAUGCCCGCUGACUAUGUGAACAAACUGGCCAGAAUGUUUCAGGACAUCAAAGUCUCAGAGGACCUCAAUCAAGUCUUCAAAGAGAUGCACAAACACAACAAGCUGGCACUGCCAGCUGACAGCGUGAACAUUAAGAUCUUGAACGCUGGAGCUUGGUCACGGAGCAGCGAGAAGGUUUUCGUCUCGCUGCCCACGGAGCUGGAGGACCUGAUCCCCGAGGUGGAAGACUUCUACAAGAGGAAUCACAGCGGUCGCAAACUCCACUGGCAUCACCUCAUGUCCAACGGCAUUAUCACCUUUAAAAACGAAGUGGGUCAGUACGACCUGGAGGUGACGACGUUCCAGCUGGCGGUGUUGUUCGCCUGGAACCAGAGACCCAGAGAGAGAAUCAGCUUUGAGAACCUCAAACUGGCCACAGAGCUGCCUGACGCAGAGCUACGCCGCACACUCUGGUCGCUGGUCGCCUUCCCCAAGCUGAAGAGACAGGUGUUGUCUUACGACCCUCCAGUUAGCUCGCCCAAAGACUUUACAGACAGCACACUGUUCUACGUCAACCAGGAGUUCUCACUCAUCAAAAACUCCAAAGUGCAGAAGCGAGGAAAGAUCAAUCUGAUUGGUCGUCUGCAGCUGACCACGGAGCGAAUGAGAGAAGAGGAAAACGAAGGAAUCGUUCAGCUCAGAAUACUCAGAACUCAGGAGGCCAUCAUCCAAAUCAUGAAGAUGAGGAAGAGGAUCAGCAACGCCCAGCUGCAGACGGAGCUGGUGGAGAUCCUGAAGAACAUGUUCCUGCCUCAGAAGAAGAUGAUCAAGGAGCAGAUCGAGUGGCUCAUCGAACACAAGUACAUAAACAGGGACGAGGCGGACAUCAACACCUUCAUCUACAUGGCCUAGACAGCGAGGAAGGGAGCGCUUUCUUUUCUCUGUGUCUCUACACCUGGCCUGCGGACGGGCGCUUUAAACACCUGCGAGGAAGAGAGGGGACGAAGAACGAGAGGAUGUGUUUGAAGAAAAAGGAGAGAUUAAGUAGGACGAGGAUCGAGACAAUAAAAGUGUGGAUAUUUUUUUGUGUUUGUGAGGCGCCAGCGUGCUAUCGGAGUGUCUUUUCGAGAGACUGUUUGUCUCUGCUGCCCGCUAGCGUCGAUCAGAGCAGAAGGGACGGCAGCAGUGUGCCGUCUGCCAGCAGCUCAGAAGAAGAAAAAAAAAAAUAUAGUGACAUAAUCAAAUGAAAUACUUCCUGCCUUACUUUCAUCAGCGACAGACUGCAGAAGAAGAGGAGGAGGAGGAGCGAGGAGAGAAAGGAGGACAUGUUACAAGCUGAUAUCAAUCCUUUGCUUUCACUUGAUGCCACAUGCUGCCAUCUUAGCGGCGGCUAUUUUUGCAUCCUUCCUAUUCAACAUUUGUCUUAUUUUGAACUGGGAAUGCAAAAAAAAAAAAAAAAAAAAAAAAAAAAAGCCGCAA